CCGGAACGAGGAAAGGGACAGGAACGUUGUCCAGGAUGUUCACCAUAACCAGGGCCUUGGAAGAGGCUCUUCUUCAGCACUUCAUAAACCAGAAGCUGGAGAUUGCCUAUGCCAUACACAAGCCAUUUCCCUUCUUUGAAGGCCUUCGAGACAAAUCUUUCAUCAACGAGAAAACGUAUAGGGAAUCUCUGGAAGCCUGUGGAAAUUUGGUCCCUAUAUCCAAAGUGGUGCACAACAUUCUCACCAAACUGGAGAAGACUUUUAAUCUGUCUGUUCUGGUGGCAUUGUUCAGCCAAAUUAACCUACGUGAAUACCCCAAUCUGAGGACAAUUUUCAGAAGAUUCAAAAGUGUUGGUGCUUCCUAUGGAGAGUGGAACAGAGCCACACCAAUCCUAUUUGAAGCUCCAGCUGGCCCAGCAGAAGGGAGCUCCCUCCAGACUCUGCUGCCACAGCUCCCACCACAACCCCUUCCUCCAAGCUAUCCACGCUGUGUGCCCAGAAUCAGGGAGCCUGGAGCAUCCUUGCAGCAAAGUAAUGAGAUCCUGGAAGAACCACUCAGCCCUUCUGACCCUGCCUUGCCUCCCCCUGGACCUGUCCAAGAAGAAAGGAGGACUCCAGUGACCAGUGACAACUUAACAUCCAGAAUAAAUGAGAAAGAAGAAUCACAAGAAAUUCCCAGCUCUCCCCCUGGCACUAUGCAAGUGUUCAGUGACAACCUGACCCUCCAAAAAAAGGAUAAAGCAGAACUUCAAGAGAUGCCCCACACUCCCUCACGACCUACGCCAGUGAUGAGAGAUGAUUCUACAGAAUCAAGUGACCCAGAAGAGCCCCAGGAGGUACCCAGCAUACCUCCAAACACGAAAGGAAAAAAAAGAAAAAGAAGCAUCUGGUCAACUCCAAAAAAGAGACGUCAGAAAAAAAGCCUCCAAAGAGGGACAGCCUCACCUAGGCAUGGAAUCCAGGAGAAGAUCCAAGUGAUGGAUCAAGUGACUCAAAGGAAGGACGACUCAACCUGGAACUUGAAGGUAGUGACAAGAGCCCAAAAGGCGAAAAUUGACUGUACCCAAACGUCCAGAGCAAAGGAGACCAGUGAUGGCACUUCAGAAAUGAAUGCAGGAAAGAGGUCCCAGGAGACAUCUAGCAUACCACCAAGGGUCACUCAAAGAAAGAACAGGAAAAAUGAUAUCUGUUCAAGUUCAAAAAAAAAGUUUCGGAAAAAUACUCACCAAAAGGAAAAACCCAAAGAUGACACUAUGGAUUUUCACUGUUCUAAACUUCCUGUGACAUGUGGUGAGGCAAAAGGGAUUUUAUAUAAGGAGAAAUUUAAAAAAGGAUCCUCAGAGAAGUGCAUUCAGAAUGAGAAGGGAGAUUGGUUAACACCAAAAGAAUUUGAAUUUGAAGGAAAAGGAAGAAACACAAAGAACUGGAAGCGGAAUGUGCAUUGCAGAGGAAAGACCCUAAGCGAACUGCAGAAGUGGAAAAACUCAGAAGAAUGUGAGGUGUGCUGUAGAGAGGGACCGCUGCUCUACUGCGGUACUUGUCCACGAGUCUUCCAUGAGGACUGUCACAUCCCACCUGUGGAAGCUGAGAGGACCCCAUGGAGUUGCACCUUCUGCAGGAUGAAGGGGUUUCCAGGAAGCCAACAGUGUCAUCAGGAAUCUGAGGUGCUGGAGAGGCAGAUGCGGCCUGAGGAGCAAUUAAAAUGUGAGUUCCUCCUCUUGAGGGCCUACUGUCAUCCACAAAGCACCUUUUUUGCGGAGAUCCCACAUAAUAUUUGGGAUUACGGUGAGCCCUUUAAGGAAGCCAUGUGGUUGGACCUGAUCAAGGAAAGGCUGAUUAAGGAAGUAUAUACAGUGGCAUGGUUUGUGAGGGACAUGCGCCUUAUCUUUCACAACCAUAAAACAUUUUACAAGGCUUCUGACUUUGGUCAGGUAGGACUUGACUUAGAGGCAGAAUUUGAAAAGGAUCUCAAAGAGGUAUUUGGUUUUCAUGAAGCCAAUAAGAACGGUUUCCGGACUCUUAUUUGA